AAUACAAGGCACAACCUGCCGCUAUUCGAUUAGUUAAAAUAUAAUUGUAAGGAAGAUUUAUCUAUAUAUUUCACAAGUACAAAAUAGAUUUAAAAAAAAAAUGAAAAUCCAGUAAUGAUAAGUGCCACGCGUUGGCAAACGGAAGCAGCAGCGGCAAAGCACCUACAACAAAUGGCCUUCCUGGCAGCCAAACUCAUCUCCACCGCCACUGCCUCUAGCUGUCUCUGUAUCUUCCUCAUCUUCUUCUCCUUGUCGUCGUUGACCAGAUCAUCCACGGAAGGAGAACCUACUCCAACUCCAUGGCCGCACCAAUUCCACGCCAUUCUGUUUAUGAAUUACAGCGGGAUCCUCCAAAAGAUCGAUCUCUGGUACGAUUGGCCCAACGGAAGAAACUUCAACAUCAUCCAGCACCAGCUGGGGAAGCUACUCUACGACCUCGAGUGGAACAACGGCACUACCUUCUUUUACACUUUGGACUUCAAUAAGGAGUGUUCCUCUGCCCAGUUGGAGGUUGGGAUACUCCGCCCUAAUUGGCUGGAUGGAGCCACGUAUCUUGGUCAGAAACACGUUGAUGGAUUUCUUUGCAAUGUGUGGCAGAAGGUGGAUUUCGUUUGGUACUAUGAAGAUGUUGUGACUAAGAGGCCCGUUCACUGGGUCUUCUACACCGGGAGGGAGGCCCAUGUGAUGACGUUUGAAGUGGGUGCUGCGCUUGAGGAUGCAGAAUGGCAAGUCCCUGCAUACUGCUUUGACAAGAACACAAACGCUGAUGAAUUGGCCAUCGCUGAUGGAGUUCUGAGAGGUUCCAUGGCACUCUCAAUGUGACGGCUAGUGAAUAUGGCAGGAUUUGUUUGUUUUGUUUUAGUAAUUUUUAAUUAGCUCUCUCUGAACUCUUAAGCUUAUAACAAGCACAAUAAUUUUCUAUGUUGAUGACUGUAUCACACUUCUGGCACGGUAAUGUCAUUUGUGUGUCAUUAAUAAGUUGAGCAAUCCUUUUCAGAAAUUAUCUGGUUGAUUACAGUUAUUUAUUUUGACUACCACUCAUAAAUGAUAAAUGUGUCAUCCUCUAGCAA